CACGACUAUUGAUGCAAUGGUUGCGCUAUGGAUACCGUAUCCGACGGUCGAAUAAGCUUGACCGCUCGAGGGAGCAAAAGCUUCGAUCGCAGCACCCGGCGAUUCUGCUAGGGUUUCGUGAAGCAAUCCUGUCCUGGAAUUCGAGGAGAAGGGUGAAAACGAGGGAAGAGACGAUGGACGAGGGCGUCGUCGUCGGGGCACCGAUGGGCCACGAGGCGAUGUGCUCCAACGGCGGCGCCGUGGACGAACCACGCCGGCCGCCGACUUCCAGGGCGGGCAAGGGGGCCGCGGGCGGCGAGCUGAUGGACGUGGAGGCCUAUGCCGCGCUAUACACCGGCCGGACCAAGGUGGCCCGGCUGCUCUUCAUCGCGGAGCGGUGUGGCAACGAGGCCAUGCAGCUGGAGGCCCUCCGCAUGGCCCACGACGAGAUCAAGAAAGCGGAGGACUCCCACCUCCACCGUGAGGUAACGGCCAAGAUCGGCGGCAGGCUCGGCCCGCGCUAUGCCCUCGAUCAGUCCUGGGCGGACACCGUCGAUCGCCGCGCCGACGUCCGGAAGGAGAAGCUCGAGAACGAACUCAAUGGCUACAAGACUAAUUUGAUCAAAGAAAGCAUCAGAAUGGGGUACAAUGAUUUAGCAGAUUUUUUCUAUGAUCAUGGUCAACUUGGUGAUGCCUUGAAGAAUUAUGUUCGUACUCGGGACUAUUGCACUACCUCAAAACACUUAAUCCACAUGUGUUUGAGUGUUAUUCUUGUCAGCAUUGAAUUGGGCCAAUUCAUGCAUGUCUCCAAUUAUGCCAGUAAAGCAGAGCAAACACCAGAACAACUGGACCUUGUAACCCAUUCAAAAUUGCGAUGUGCUGCAGGGUUGGCUUACUUGGAAACAAAAAAAUAUAAGCUUGCAGCUCGGAAGUUUUUGGAAACAGGGCCUGAACUAGGCAAUAACUAUACAGACAUGAUAGCACCACAAGAUGUUGCUAUAUACGGUGGACUUUGUGCACUUGCUUCUUUUGAUCGAACAGAGCUGAAGAACAAAGUCAUUGACAACAUUAACUUCAGAAAUUUUUUAGAGUUGGUGCCUGAAGUCAGAGAACUUAUUAAUGAUUUCUAUGCAAGCCGCUAUGCCUCAUGCCUGGAGUACCUUGAGAAGCUCAAACCAAAUUUAUUAUUGGAUAUCCAUUUGCAUGAUCAUGUUGAAACACUUUACACUGAGAUUCGUCACAAAGCCAUUAUUCAAUAUACACAUCCAUUCAUUUCUGUUGAUCUGCACAUGAUGGCCGGUGCCUUCAAAACUAAUGUUGCUGGGUUAGAGAAAGAACUCAAAGCCUUGAUUACUGAUAACCAAAUUCAAGCUCGAAUAGAUUCCCAUAACAAAAUUCUCUAUGCAAGGCAUGCUGAUCAAAGAAAUGCCACCUUCCAGCGUGCCCUACAAACUGGCGUCGAGUUUGAGAGAGAUGUAAGGGCCGUGUUGGUCAGAGCCAAUCUGAUCAAACAAGAAAGCAUCCUAAAGGCAGCAAAGAAACCAUGAAACUGAGACGCUAACCCAUGAGUGGAGUCUUUAGAUGUACACCUCCUGUGGACGGAUUACUCUUGUUUUUUUUUUUUUUUUUUGUGGCAUUGUACUGUCAAGUCUUUGGUCGAUAUCGGGGCAUUGACAUGUAUUUUGUU